CAGAGCUUUCAGGAGGCCCUGGCCAUCUAUCCUCCCUGUGGUCGCAGGAAGAUUAUUCUGUCUGACGAGGGCAAGAUGUAUGGACGCAAUGAGCUGAUAGCCCGGUAUAUCAAGCUACGGACAGGGAAGACACGCACUCGGAAACAGGUAAGCACACUUUUAUUUCUCACUUAUAACAUUGACCUUCUUUUAAAACAAUACAACAACCCUCCAUGUAUUCACUAUUUUAAACAUGAUAAAACAAAAUUACUAUAUAAAAACCCCUCUAGAUAAGCUGAUUGUCUCAGUCAUAUCACAGUUGAACAUAUCGCCCACCUUAGUAAAUACUCUGUAUCAUGUUGACUUCCAAACCAGUAUCAAUGUAUAACCGUGUAAAUUUAAUGAUGGUUAACUUUAUAUUUAAUAACCUGUUAUGAAGUAUAAUAAUAAUAAUAACUCUGUGACAAUUUGUGAUCCAACCCUGGUCAAAUAGGUGUCUAGUCACAUUCAGGUUCUGGCGCGUAAGAGAGUUCGAGAAUACCAGACCAGCAUCAAGGUGGGUGCUCACUCUGUCCACUGCUUCUGUAGUCACCUCUCCUUUCUUUCUUUCUUUCUUUCUUCUCUUCCCCUGUCCUCUCUCUGUUCCUGUCGGUCUUCAGGUCUCUAGUCACCUGCAAGUCUUGGCCAAGAGAAAGUCUCGUGAAAUUCAGUCCAAGCUCAAGGUACAUGUUUAGGACUGAUGUGCUUGUGGAACAGAUUUAUUUAUGAUCACAGAUGCUCUUGACAAAGCUUGUGUGGUUUUUUUGCAUACUAAAUACUUUUUUCCAAUACUAAAUGAUCCACAUCAUCAUAAUGCCUGUAUUUUCGAUAUAUUCGACUAUCAGUAUUUGCUUUUCUUUAAUUGUUUUUUAGCCUAUCUGGUUUUCAGAUUGUGUUGACUAAUUUGAACACUAGUGUUGAGAGUUUUAAUGCAUGGCUAUAAUGUAGGCUUUUUAAGAACUAAUUUGCAUGAACUUCUCAUAUAAAAACAUGUUGGUGUUUUUGUUUUGUGCAAAAUAAAACCUCCUACUUACUAUUUUCUUCACCUUUAAAAUGUACUUUCAUCUUCUUUCAUUUUCUAAUGGUCUUAUUUGUAAAAUGUUUGUUUUAUCACAUUGUAAUUAAAUAAUUGAAUUUAUUGUAGCUCCAUCACAUGGAACAUUUUAUAUGUUAUGUUUAUAUUACCAUAAUAAUUACCAUAAUAGAUUGUACAGUAAUUAAAUAAAUCUGUCUCCUCUGCUGUAGGCAAUGAACUUGGACCAGGCCUCCAAAGACAAGGCACUGCAGACAGUAGCCAACCUGUCCUCCGCUCAAAUAGUUUCUGCUAGUGUCAUGAAGCCACAGACUCCUUUCUCUCCACCUGUCAGAUUUUGGCCCAGCCCAAUGCCAGGACAACCUGGACACUCUCAGGAUAUUAAGCCUUUUGCACAGCCCCCGUACACCACACUACCAGCUCCAGUCCCAGCACCCAUCAGUAAGUGUUAUGAGCCCCUGCCCCCUCCCCGGCCUGCAGCUCCUGUCUGGCAAGACCGCACCAUUGCUUCUGCUAAGCUCAGGCUACUUGAGUAUUCUGCAUUUAUGGAGACCCAGAGAGAGAGGGAGACGUUCAAACAUCUAUUUGUUCACAUUGGCCCUUCAAACCCUGGCUACAAUGACCCAGUGUUGGAGUCCAUAGAUAUAAGACAGAUCUACGACAAGUUCUCUGAAAAAAAGGGAGGACUGAAGGAACUCUAUGAAAAAGGACCUCACAAUGCUUUUUUCCUGGUCAAGUUUUGGGCUGACCUGAGCAGUGAUAUUGAGGAGGGCUCCAGUGCAUUCUAUGGUGUAAGCAGUCAGUAUAGCGGGACAGAAAGCAUCAGCAUUAGUGUUUCAACUAAAGUCUGUUCCUUUGGAAAACAAGUGGUGGAAAAAGUGGAGACUGAAUAUGCUCGUCUAGAAGGAGGGAAAUAUAUAUUUCGUAUUCAUCGCUCGCCAAUGUGUGAAUAUAUGAUCAACUUCAUCCACAAACUGAAACACCUACCAGAGAAAUACAUGAUGAACAGUGUACUGGAGAACUUUACCAUCUUACAGGUUGUGUCAAAUAGAGAGACCCAGGAGACUUUGCUGUGCAUUGCCUUUGUUUUUGAAGUGUCUACAAGUGAACAUGGAGCACAGUACCACGUGUAUCGAUUAGUUAACGAUUAGCAUGCUUUGUGCAUGUCAAGACUUUACAGACUUUUGGAUACCCAUAGCAACACUACUUGGAUCCCCCCAUGUUUUAACUGACCAACAGUCACACUGUAGUCAUGCCUGCCAUUUGUUUAAGGCACUACAUUCCUAUUGGAUCAAAUGCACCAUGUGACACAGAGGUAAUACAUUUUUAAAAGGUGAUAAUUUGGGAUUGUAAAUUUUAAGUUAUUUAUUGCAGUCCAUGUCAUCCUAUCAUAUUUGCCAUUUUCAAGGUUUUAUUGUAUUGUAUUGGUAUUUGCAAUUUAUAGUGUGGAGUUGUGCACGGACAACACCGAUUUUUAUUACUUGUUCAAGACAAAUUUACCUGUGUCUUAUAUUUGUAACAGUCUCAAUUUUUCAAUUGUACUCCUGCUUUUAAAUUGUAGGCGUGAUUACUGUGAGACAAGUUUGACUACAGGAUGCUGAGCAGCCCUUCAGUGUUUAUGCAUCCAGUGACAUUAUUAUGACGUUUUGUUUGUACUUCUAAGCUUAAUUCAAAUAUCACUACUUCUUAUUAAGUUAUACUGUAUUAUUAGUCACAAAAACACAAAAUAACCAAGUUUGUGCCUCAGUGAAAUGCACUACAACCCAAAAUGUGUAUAGUAUUGAGUCAUAUUUUAUAUAGAAUAUAAGUUGUUUUUUUGUUUUUUUCGCCAAAUUGGCCCAUACAAACCACUUUUAAAUGGCCUCUAUCCCUCAGACUUGAUAAAAGCCUAUUAUGGUAUAUUUAUGGUAUACUAAAUUGUAGUACUGAGGUAAAUGGUGUGUACACUUUACAAAACAAUCAAAGCAGAAAUAUUGUUCAUAUUUGUUGGUUCCGCCAACCUAAGGUGUUAUUACUAUGUUUUUAAAUGCUAUAUACGGUACAGAUGAGAUUAUUCGCACUGCACUAGGGUGUGGUUAACACUAACAUCCAUUUCUGAUCUCUUUGUGUAAUGCUUUUUGUUUAUGGAUGGUACAUAUUACGCCUUCAUCACUCUCUCAUCCACUCCUGCUGUGACUGUUAAAAUUAAAACAUUUUUCUCUGUGGUCGACCAAAGUUAUACAUGUUUACUAUUACUGGUGUGUUUAAAUGUUGGCCGCACCGGUUAAAUCCUUUGGUUCUGACUUCUCAGUGAAAAUACCUUGUGCCUUUGCUGAACCAAUAAAAUUACUGUUUGCAGAAA